AUGGCAUCAGGAGAGAGAUGCGGAGGUUUGGGAUCAUUUUUGGCAAUGUCGUGCAGAGGUAGAGCCGAGGCGUUUGCCAGAAGCUUGCAUUCGAAACUUCGAUCACUAGGUACGCAAGACGAAAACGGUUCAGCUGACGAAAGCACUUGGCUGGCAGCUCACGAGAAUCCAAUUACCAUAUCACAACCUGCACACUCAACUAAUACGGAUUCAUUUUUGGAUCUAACUUUAGUGGAGUGUCCAAGAAGCCCUGAAAAUGAAUUAGACGAAAUAGAUUUUAACAAAUUGAUGAACAAAGAUACGCUGCAACUACAACAUUCUAAAGAAAUAGACCAAACGCCAGUGUUUGCAGCAAACUCAAUCGACAGCGAUAGCGAUCUACCUUUUUACGAUACAGAAGAUCAACGAUUAGCGCAUCAAAAUCACACCACAGUGAACGGCGUUGAUAUUAAUAGUACGGAAGAUGAUGACGAUGACAGUGAUACGUACCAGAAUUUAGUUGAUUGUUCUUCCACAUCGGACUGCACGUCUCAGCAAGCAGCUUCACUGAGCGAAGAUGCUUCGAUGUUUAGCUUACAAGACUUAGAUGACUCCUUAACAGAUCUAUCGGGCUGUAAUGGCGAUAUUAACCAGAAAAGUAAUAGUACCGAUGUGCGAAAAUUAUUUAGUGAAGAAAAGAACGUAGACUGCGUUAAAUCUUAUGAAAAAGGUAAUAUAGGUACAAUAAUAGAAGAGGACGAGGAAGAUGAUUCCGAAAACUUACCGAGAGUGAGAAGGAGUACGUCUUUGAAAACCGGGAAAACUCCCCCUGGAACACCGGGUCAAAAGAAGAUAGUGCGAUUCGCGGAUGCUCUAGGUUUAGAUUUGGCUGACGUACGAACUUUUUUGGACGACAUUCCAAAAGUCCCUGUCUCAGCCUUUGAUGAUCUGAUCAACGCGGAUUUUAGUGACUCUUCCGAAAGCAAUAUAAGCAAAGUUCAAUUAAAGACAACCAAAUACCUCAUGCCGCUUUUCCAACAACCAGGCGGAAUGCCGAACUUCCUCGACUUCGUCCGAGAGUACAACGUGUGCUUAGAAAACGUCUUUGUGGACGAUCCUUUUUUGCUGUCACUAAAAGGCAGUGUACGGGUGCGGAAUUUAGACUUUAACAAAUCGGUUCAUAUCAGAUAUUCCUUAGAUGGCUGGAAGACUUUUGCGGAUGUUCAAGCCACGUACGCGGAGAAUUCUUGUGAUGGUUUUUCAGACAGGUUUACGUUUCUGUUGUACGCACAUACUUUAUCAAUAGGGCAAAAGCUGGAAUUAGCUUGUCGGUUUCAGUGCAAAGGGUGUCAGUAUUGGGACAAUAAUAGAGGAGCGAAUUAUUGUUUCCAAUGCCUACCAUCAACGAAUAAUAAUAAUAGUACGCAUGCGCAAUCGAUUGUGGACCGGCAUCACGAUGAUUGGGGAGGAGCUAGUUUUUAU